UCCCCCUCACCCUCUACCUUUGCCCCUGCCUCGCAUUGUGCUCCCACUGCGAGCAGCCAGACCUCUCCAGCACCAUGUCGGGCAUCAGGGUACUGCUGCAGAAAACCCUGAUCCUUCUGCAGGUCACCCUCUCUGUUGUUGUGGGCAAAACGCUGAUGAUACUGUUCCCCAACGCCAUGAAGAGAUACAUCCUGAAGAUGGGCGAAAAGAGCAGAAUGAACAGGAACCCAAGGUUCAGCUAUGAAAACUGGGGCCCGACUUUUUUCAGCUUCAAGUAUUUGCAGUUUGUGCUGAAGGUGAAGUGGAAGAGGCUGGAGGAUGAAGCCUACGAGGGACAGCCUGCUCCCAACACUCCCGUGGUGACCCUCGGCGGGGAAGUUUGUCACCUCCUGGAUUUCGUGAGAGAAAACCGACCUUUAAUCCUGAACUUUGGAAGCUGCACCUGACCUUCAUUUAUGCUGAAAUUUGAUGAGUUCAACAAGCUUAUCAAAGAUUUCAGCUCAAUAGCAGAUUUCCUUAUCAUCUACAUUGAGGAAGCUCAUGCAGUAGAUGGAUGGGCUUUUAAAAACAACAUAAUUAUUAAAAAUCACAGAAGCCUUGAAGAUCGAAAAAUCGCAGCACAAAUUCUUCAGAAAAAUCACCCUCUGUGUCCAGUGGUUUUAGACACUAUGGAAAACCUGAGCAGCUCCAAAUACGCCGCGCUGCCAGAGCGACUCUACAUGCUUCAGGGAGGGAAGGUCAUCUACAAGGGAGGAGUGGGGCCUUGGAAUUACCACCCUCAGGAAAUACGUGCCAUCCUGGAAAAACUGAAAUAGGAAAAGAAGAGGACUUCGAAGCAAAAACUUUUGGAUAAAGAAGUGCAAAAAUAAUUUGUCACAGACCUAAGCCUAAGGAACAAAACCAGAAUUUAAAAACAGCCAUAGAGAGAAAAAAAGAAGCAUGUUGUAUAUGCAUGUAAGGAGCAUCUGGAAUGAGGCUCAUUAUGUUUGUCUAGAAGCUUUCAGGUGUCAUCCCUACAACACCAACUUCUGCUCUGUAGUAACUGACUACUCUUACACCACAUGCAGAUAUGUGGGAGCUGGGUCCAUUGAGCUCUGGAUACCAACAUUUACACUUGUGAGGAAUAUCCUGCAGGAUAAACUUCAGGGUGGUGGCAUUUGCAAGAGUCCACUAGCAUGCAAUGCAACUGAUUUCACAUUACUAUACACAUUGCACUUGUAUUUAUAAAAUGUUCCCUUUCAGUGACUUCAGGAGGCUUCUGAGCAAGACAAUCUCUGUCAACAUCUGUUUCCAUGAGUAUUUGUUAUGAUGGUCCCAGCCUAAAGCACUGGCGGCUGUGACCUGAUUCUAGAAAAUAUUUAUAGAAACAAGGGAUUGCUCUACAAUUAUUAAAAGUCUAUCAAAACACUUCA